AUGUCUGUAGCACUAAAUAUUCAGGGCCCUCCGUGCAGUCCUUCACGUAGUCCUUCGCGUAGUCGAAGCUGCAGUACUGGUGAUCAGUGGCUGGACUUCUUGACAGAAAGCAGGGAACCCGACGAAGUUUCCAAACGGAUGGGGCCAAUGAUUCCAAGGGUUCCAUCAGAGUUUCGUGAAGUGGAAGAGAACAAAGAUUGCUACGAGCCGCGGGUUGUCUCCAUCGGUCCCUAUCACCAUGGGAAGAAAGAGCUAGAGAAAAUGGAGAGGCUCAAGAGUAAAUUGGCCGGCCAGUUUGUCCAAAAAGAAAGAUCGAUCGCUGAAGAAAUGUACCGCAAGGUUGAAGAAUUGGUUGGCUAUGCAAGGGGAUGCUAUGCAGAGGAGUUAAAACAUCAGUUCAACGAUGAGAAAUUCACCCAGAUGAUGUUUCUUGAUGGCAACUUCCUUCUCGAGUUUCUCGAUGGCAAGCUUGAGAAACAGAAGCUGAGGAAUGAAGAAGUGGCAUUGGUUAGAAGGGACUUGUUCUUACUAGAGAACCAACUCCCUUUUGGAGUUCUCCUCUCAUUGAUGAGGUUGAGAUUCCGCAUUGAAGAUCAACAUUUGAUGGCUAUGUUUGAACAUGUAUUCGAACACAUUCAUGCAAUACCCCUACAAAGACAGUCAUGUGGGGAAAUCAUAUCCAAAUGUCUUUCCAAAAUGCCGAUAGCAUUAAUAGUAAGAUCAAAAUCCCCAAGUUCCGAGGAUAUUCCCUAUGAUAUUGUUGAUCAUCUUAUCGAGCUUUUUUAUAUCAAGUUCAUUAUGAUCGAGCCUCAGACACGCAGUGAUCUAGGGACAAGAUGGCACUGGGGGACAAGCUGGAACCGGUAUCAUUCUGUCAACGAGCUUAAGAAAGUCGGAAUCCAUUUUAAACCGAGCAACACCAAGGUUUUCCCAGAUGUCAAGUUCAAACCAACUUUGGUCCUGGGAGCCCUCCACAUUCCUCCACUGAGCAUAGAUGACUCAACCAAGCCCUUGCUUUUGAACCUGGCAGCCUAUGAAGAAUGCAGUGGUGAGUAUUCUGGUCUGCUCACUUCUUAUGUAUGCUUCAUGCGUUCGCUGAUUGAUCAAGGUGAAGAUGUGAAGGAGCUGCGAUCACGGGGGAUACUCCGGACCACUCUUGGAAGUGACGAUGAGAUAGCACAACUCUUCAAAGAGAUGACGACCAAUCUGGUGCCCAACCCCUCUGCUUUUAUGGAGGUUAAAAAUGGUGUUGAAUCGCAUUAUAGGAGCACUUGGAAGCGAUGGAUCCUUGAUCAUUGGGCUCCAAUUUCUACCGCAGUGGUCAAGUACUCUUUUAUUUAUGGCUUUGUAGUAAGUGCCAUACAGGCCUACCUGGCAGAAACUCGUAAGAAACCAGGUUUUGGCAACUGCAGCUGCCCAAAUGCCACCCAAAUACACCCUUGA